AGAAAGUGAUCGGCAAUAUCAAAUUUAAUUAAAAUAAACGGCUAGUUUUCGACGUUAUUAGUUGGAAUUUGGCUAAUUUAGAGUAUAUCAAGAUAAAACUGAAAAAUUAAGUCAAAAAAGUAAUAACAGAGUACUAUACGAUGACCUCAAUUUGGCGCCGAAAGCAAGCUUUGUGAAGUGAUUCGGCGGGGAAGUCCGGCUGUGACUGAAGAGACCUCAGAACGAGCCUUCAUACGGACUGUGCAAUAUGGUUUAGGACUAGUCUUCCAGUAACGUUUUAUACCUUUACUAAGUGUGGAAUAAGAGGAGUGUACUGUUUAUCCCCAAAGAAGAAAAAUGUCAAGAAGAGGCCAGAGGCAUGCGCUACGGUCUAGGUCAUCAGACAAUGAAUCAGCUGUAGACUUCCCCUCAUCUAAACGCAGAAGAACAAUGGAAUCAGCAGAAUUAGAUGUCAUUAAUGAAAAUCAAGAACUGGCACAGCCCAACAGACAACACUUCAGAAUCAGGAAUCAGUGGAUAUCAUCUUCUUUGGUGCCAGCCACAGGUGCUUCCUCCUCAGAAGAUGAGGUAGACGGGGGAGAGGUCUCUACCCGGGGCACAGACAGGUUCCGGUCACUAGAUUUCCAGUUGCGCUUCACAAAUGUGUUCACCACGCCACUCGGCUCAAAUAAAUCUCCACUUCCCAGCUUUAACUGGGCAGAUUCACAGGAAGUUUGGCAGAACAUGAUCAAAAAGGAAAUGACAUUCCAGCGGGAUUCUGGUCUGUUCCAGAACCAUCCAGAACUCCAGCCUCGCAUGAGGUCCAUCCUGCUAGAUUGGCUCUCAGAGGUGUGCGAGGUGUACAGGUUACACAAAGAGACCUUCACCUUGUCAGUUGAUUUCAUUGACCGGUACCUGAGUGUGACCAAAGGAGUCCCCAAGACACAGCUGCAGCUCCUUGGUAUCUCUGCUCUCUUCAUUGCUGCCAAGUUGGAAGAAAUAUAUCCCCCUAAGCUUGCGGAGUUUGCUUAUGUGACUGAUUCAGCGUGUUCAGAGAAAGAUAUUAUUAAACAGGAGAUGAUCAUUGUUAAAGCUUUGAAGUGGGACCUCUCACCCAUGACAACCAACGCCUGGCUCGGGGUGUACCUUCAGGUGGCCAACAUGGAACACAUCACUGACCAGGAGCUGGGCUUCGUGUUCCCACAGUUCUCCACACAUGCAUUCAUCCAGAUCUCCAGACUCUGUGACUUGAGCUUGAUGGACGUGGGAUCCCUACAGUUUAGGUACAGCAUUAUUGCUGCGUCAGCCCUGUAUCAUCACACAAACGAGCAGCUUGUUAUGGACGUCUCAGGUUUUAACUGGGCCGACCUUUACCCCUGCAUCAAGUGGAUGGCACCUUUUGCCAAAGCUAUCCUGGAGGUGGGCCAGUCCCCCAUCAAGUUCUUCCAGAACAUCAACUCUGAAGACUGUCACAAUAUACAGACACAUAAUGUGGAUAUGGCACUAGUUGAUCGCGCGGCUGCUCAUCAAACUGCAUUCAAAGAGAAAGAACGUGAGUGUCCAUCAUCUCUGGACCUCUCUGCUCAGCUUGUUGGACUUCUGACCCCGCCCAGCAGAGGUCACCCAGAAGCUGUGAUGGAGGAUGAUGACCCAGACAGUUAGUACCAAGCUACCACACACAAUUUUUUUACUCUGUGGAUUUAUGUUAAUGAAAUGCAUAACUUGUGAAUUGGAAUGUUUUAAUUACAUGACAUUCUUAAUGUAAAAUAAUGUAAAAAAAAAAAGAUUUAAAGAAACUAAAAAAGAUAACAUGUAAAUAUUAGAAACAAGUUAAAUGUAAAUGAAAUAUCUAGACAUUCUUCCUACUUGAUUUCUGUGCAUGCAAGUGAUUUUGAGUCCAAAAGAGGUUGAAACUGUACAUCUGAGAUGGUUUCUGUAUUGUUUUGAGGAAUUUUGUAAUGUGUUCAGAUGUGUUAAGUACCACUUAAAUGUUUGUGUUUAUCAUCUGAGAUUGUUUAUCUGUAUUAUUUUGAGGAAUUUUGUAAUGUGUUCAGAUGUGUAAAGUACCACUUAAAUGUUUGUGUUUAUCAUCUGAGAUGGUUUAUCUGUAUUGUUUUGAGGAAUUUUGUAUCGUGUUCAGAUGUGUUGUGUUUACUGUGUGACCACUUAAAUGUUUGUGUUUAUUUGUUUGUCAUGACAGUAGCCCAUCAUUCCAUUUUUACUGUCACGGGAAAACAUUUGUUUUUAUAAACAAAAACAAAACUUUGUUGUAUGUGUAAAGUUAAUUCAUAAUAUAAUGAUGACCAUAAUAUGUUUUAAAAUAAUAAUGCAUUUUGUAUCAUAAAAGUGUACAUAGUUUUCAUAUUACUCAGUGACAUUUCAGUUUGACAAAAAAAAAAGUUGUGUACAUAAGAAAAAAAAGGGUUUAGUAAAUUCUAAUAUAUUUUUGUUUGUGAUUAAAGUCUUCGUAUGCAUACUGUCUAAGGAAAGAUAGUUGAUUUAUUAUGUGCAAAAAUAUCCAGUGGUGUAAUGCAAUUUUAUUUUCGUUGCUACCAGUUGGUCAAGCUGUUGGCUAAAAAAAAAACCAGAAUAUUUUGGUUA